AUGGACAAGAUCAAGGAGCGUAUGAACGCCCUCCGCCUGGAGGCCGACGAGGCUCACGAGCAGGUUGAAGAGUUGAAGGCCAAGGUCAAGACCUUAGAGCAGGAGAACCUGUCCAAGGAGCAGGAGAUCACGUCCCUCAACCACCGCAACCAGUUGCUUGAGGAGGAGGUUGAGAAGCUCGAGGCCUCCGUCAAGGAUGCCAAGGAUGCCGCCAACCAGAGUGCCCAGCACGACACCCAGAACGAGGCCCUCCAGCGGCGCGUGCAGCUCCUCGAGGAGGAGGCCGAGGAGAACGACAAGACUCUCCGGGAGACAAACGAGAAGCUCCGCCAAACCGAUGUCAAGGCCGGCCACUACGAGCGCAAGGUGCAGGCCCUCGAGACGGAGCGCGAUCAGUGGGAGGCCAAGUACGAGGAGAUGGCCAAGAAGCACGCCGAGUUGCAGAAGGAUCUGCACGAGCUCGAGGUCUCCAUCAGCAACGUCUAA